UUUGCUUGCGGGAAAAAGAACCCCUAUGCUCUCCAAAUUCAAACAACAGCAAGCUCCCUCAAGUGCAGGUUGUACUCCAAUGGAAACACAGAGCAAAAUCAUGGCGAGAGGAGAUAGAGACCGACUGAGUGAUUUGCCCGACGCAAUUGUAAUUCACAUCCUCUCUAUGUUGCCGGAGAGUGACAAUAAAUUAAUUGUGAGAAGCAGCGUAUUAUCUAAACGAUGGAGGUUUCUUUGGAAGGCCGUCCCAAUAUCACUCGAUUUCGACUUCCCCAUUUGUGAAAGCGAAAAUGACUAUCUCUUUUCCCUGGUUUCCAUCCAUAGAGAGCUUUAUUAUUGGAGGAAUUGCGAGAAAAUCCGAUCAUUUAGGGUCCGGCGCCUUAGGUACGAGGAUCGAUUUGCUAAAGAUAUUGAUUUAUGGGUACAUUUUGCAAUUAAACUUGCUAAUGUUGAAAUUUUUGCACUUGGAAUUCUCGAUACAAAUCACCAAAGAUAUUGAGUUUCCUCAAUUUUCAUAUACAAAUACUAAAUUGAGGAAUUUGGCUUUAUGGUACUGUCAACUCAACCCUACUGGUAGUGUAAACUGGAGUAGUCUCGUUUCUCUUUCAUUUGGAUACCUGAAAUUGACUGAUGAUGUAAUGGAAAAGGUAUUAGCCGGUUGCCCUAACUUAGAGUGCUUGGAUCUAAAUGGUGUCAAGGGCAUUCAUCGUUUGGAAAUCAGCUCUGUGAAGCUGAGAGAAUUGAUCAUACAAGAUUAUGGAAAUGAUAAUCAUGAUCUUUGGCUCGAAAUAUUAGCCCCGUAUAUUCAAAAAUUGGAUCUUUUGGGGUACUGCAGUGAGAUACGCAUCCGGCAGAGAAAUGUGGAUUCACUUGUCACUGCAGUCCUUCUCUUAAAUUUUGCUUUUGACAAUGUAGAAGGCAACUUGGAGAAGGAGUGUAGAUAUUUGAAGGAACUUCUUCAGAGUGUUGCCCAUGUCGAGAAUCUUGAAUUGGGUCCAUGGUGCAUUGAGUUCCUGUCCGUACUGGAGUUGAAAGGGUGGCAGCCUCCACCAUCAAGCUGGAAAUUCUUAGAACUUCCAGCCUUACAACAGUUGGACUUCCCUGGACUUUCAGCUUUCUCCCGUGUUCAUUGGAUCUUGAGACAUUGGUCAUUGAUUGGUGGUGCAAUGAUGAAGAAAGAGUUCAUAGCGCCAAGAAGGUUUUGCAACUCCCUUUUUGACAUUCACGAUAAGUGAGAGUCAGCUUCCACCCAUAUGUUUCUACCUAAGUUGCUCGGACACCGGUGCGGAUGUUCGAUACGGGUGCAGAUCUAGAGGUCGAAUCCUUCGAGAUGUAAAUUCUAAGAUUCGAGAAUACGGAUCCUAGUACGGA